CGACCUUGUUCCCACAACAGCAACUGCAACAUGUCGGUCGACCUCGAGCUGCGCCACGUCCUCGUCGCCUUCCGCCACGGCGACCGGUCGCCGAUCCUGCCCACGCUUGGCACGGCCAUCAACAUGGACGACGCGGAGCGCGACUACUGGGGCGCUCGCCUCGCGACACCCGACCAGAUCCAAGUGCUUGACGCGACAGCCAGGCGCGCAGGCCUUAUGAAGGGCGAGCCCGCGCCGACGUUGGCGCCGCUCAUUGGCGGUGCGUGGCCCAACGGGUACCUCACAGCGCGAGGCGUCGACCAAAUGAUUGGCAAGGGCCGUGGUCUCCGCGAGCGCUACCGCGCGUUUCUUCCGUCGCCGACCGUCGACGACGUGUACGUGCGGUCGACCAACGUCGUGCGCACGAUCCAGUCAGGCCAGAGCGUUCUCCACGGUAUGUUUCCCGAGCUCUACGACGCCGUCAAGGGGCCGGCGUUCGAGAUUCACUUGCACCCGACGUGCCCUUUGUCGCUUGGCCACCACAUGGACUACCACCAUCUCUCGACCAAGCUCAAGGCGCGCCGGCACGAGUCGCCGAUCAAGGACAUUGACGCGCUCGAGAAGGAGGUGCAUGCGCUCGUGGGCCUUGCCGACGGCGAAGACGUCCAGUGGUCCUUCUUGCGCGAGAUCCUCGUGUGCCGAGAAGCCCACGGGUUCCCGUUCCCGCCCGGCAUGUCGCUCGACGUCGUGCAGCAGUCGAUUCUCCACAACGCGUGGGAGUGGCACGCGCACCUCUCGGACCAUUCGUUCCUUGCCAAAGCCUUUGGCCGCGGGGUCCACGAAGCAUACAGCUACCUCGCGGACGCCGUCCAGGGCACGAGCCGCCACAAGCUCACGCUCUUGUCGGCGCACGACGACACGCUCUGCGGCCUUCUCCACGCGUUUGAGCUGCACCGCCCGAACGUACCGUUCCUGGUGCCCGAGUACGGCUCGAUCUUGACCUUUGAGCUCCACCGCUCCAAGUCGACCGGCGACUGGUUCGUCAAGGCCAACUUUGACGGCAAUGACGUCUGUUUUGGAGGCGUCGACGACGUGCUCUGCCCCUUGCGCCACAUCGAGGCCGUCGUCGCCACGUUUCCGUCGCAGUAAAAUUCGACUAAGUCCUAAAAUUUGCGCUUUUGACGAGGGUGCUGAACCGACGAAUGUGGUGGCAAAUUGUGCUUCGAUCCAGGAGCUAAUACCGCUCCCAAUCGAUGGCCGGCGUCGAGAGCCGUUGCUAGUAUGUACUGCGGUUAUUGUAACAUGUGUGCUAUGCUUUAUACACA